AUGCCUCGGAAAUCCUCUUGGGUGAAGAAGCUUCACUCGGAAACCGCAAAGGCGGCAUCACAGCAGAAAAAUAGACGGAAGAAUACUAUCUUUAAGAGAGCAGCGGAAUAUAGCCUGGAAUGUAAGGCUGAUACCCUGGUGGCUAUCAAGAUUAGAAAGACUGGCGAGAUAUAUGUCUUUGAUUCCACUGGAGGAACGUGGUUUGGGGCCUUGUCAAGACUUGAGUGCUACCCCCGCCCAGUUCCAGUGACCAUGGAAGAUAUCUUCCCCGAAAUCUAA